CGAAAUCGGAAACAACCGAGUAGCGUUACGAAUUUAUUCCGGUCACGUUUUUUGACUCGAGAUAAACAAGCGCAAGCGCAAAUUGCGCAACUAUCAGACGACAAGAGAGAAAAGAUUUAUAACCAUGAAGGACCACAGAGGGGGAUGGAUCUUUCUGAUUGUACUGACAUGCCUGGUUUGGACUGUUAUGGUCGCAUUCAAUGCCCUGGCAGGAGGGGAGGGGCAGAAACUUGGAAUAUUCAAAAACACUACUGGAGAUAUUUCAGAUGUUUUUAACCUUGAAAUAACCCCAGCAGGAUGGACAUUUAGUAUUUGGGGCUUUAUCUAUGCGUGGCAGGCUCUAUGGUUGGUAUACGCAUUAUCCACGAUAUGUCGCAAGACUCGAGAGGGCCACUACAUCUACACCCUUCCCAUCAUGCCGCCAGUGAUUUAUGCAGUAUACAUCAUCAACAACCUGGCAAACAUCGCUUGGUUGUUUGUCUGGGACAGACAAGAGAUCAUUGCGUCCUUAGUUGUCAUAGCUCUGACUCCACUCACUUUGUAUGUCUGUCUGUUCUUCUCCUUUAAACGUCUGUACAAUAACUUAGGCCUUCUUGUCAGAGCAAAUGCCACCAAGGAAAUUUGGUUGAUUCGCUUUUUGGUUCAGAAUGGUCUGGCCAUCUAUGCUACGUGGACCACUGUGGCAACCUUGCUAAAUGUUGCCAUGGUGAUGAUUUAUAAAGGAGGUGUUGAAAAUAGCCUGGCCUGCACAAUCAUCCUUGGAGUUCUGUCUUUUGUUAUCGUGUUGUGGUUUGUUCUUGACAACUUUGUUUUAGACAACUAUACAAGGUACACUUUCACUCCUAACAUUGUCUUCGUUGUUGCCCUGGCAGGUUCAGUUUCCAAAAACUUCAAUCUAGACACUAGGGAGACAAUCUCCAUCUUCCUGGUGGUCAUGUUGAGUGUUGCUUCUCUUCUGCUGCUUCUGAAGUUGCUUAUCAUGGUAUACAGGCACAUCCGAACUCCCAUUAAUCCAAACACCGAGUACGAACCAACUCUUUAGCUUGACAAGAGAAACCCUGUCUUAAAGCUUGGCUAAACAAUGCCAGUUUCAAUCUGUAUAGUUAAAGCAUGUACAUUUUUCAAUAUGAAGAAUCUGAUAGGAUGAAUUGAAGUAAUCACGACUAAUAUCAGUUAUUAAGCAGAGAGACAAUUAUCCAUGAUUUGGUUGGUUUUGGCACUAAAAAAUGAACAACAAAUUUUUGUGACGCCUUAGUGGUCUUCCAUAAGUUAUGUGAACCAUUUGUUUUACUUGGUGGUUGUAAAUACAUGUAACCUAUAUUUUUCUAUGUAUUUCAUUGUACCAGACUUAAAAGUUGUGAAAUCAUAACGCCAUGUGUAGAUAGUGAAACAAUGAUUUACUUGUACUUUGUUUUAUAAAAUUCAUUUCUACAUUUUUUUUCAAUUGGUCAUCUUUUAUAACUCUCUAUCAAUUUGGAAGAACCCAUUGCAGUUCAGAUGUUUACCAUUUGCAUUUUUGAAAUUUAAUGAAUUAAGCAGAUACAUGUUAUUACAAAUUAAAAGUUAAACUCAAAUGUACAUAAAUCUUUUAUUAAAUUCAGGGUAAAUAAUAUUGGUCCCAUUCUUUUGCCAUUUAAUUGUACCUAUAGGUAUAUGUCUACGGAAUUUUGUCUUUA